AUGAUUGCAUUUUGGACGGUUGCCAUAACAUUUUUUCUCUUGAACAUUAUUGUGAUCCAUGGGAAUCGAGUUCGUCGUCAUCGACGGCAAACAUUGAAUAGACCACUGGAAUCUAUGAGCCAAAAAUCAUUAUCAUCGACUCCUCGAAUUCUCAAUAAUGCAGAACAAUAUUUUGCACAGGAAGAGGAUAAAAAUAAAUUGGUAUCUGGAAAAACUGUAGGUCGACAAUUUCAUCCACAUCAACGCCAUUAUGGUUACGGAUCAAUACAAGCCAUAAACUCUCCGUUUUCAGGUUCGGGUGUGGGUCUUUAUCAAUAUGGAUAUGGAGAAUACGGCCAACUUGGACAAGGAUCAGGACAAUAUGCUGCUUAUUAUAACAAUCGAUAUCCUGGAUCUUAUGGUUUUUAUCCAGGUUUUAAUAGUGUGGGUUAUUAUGGAUCGAAUAAUCACGCACCACCAGGUGGAAAUAAUUAUGGGUACUACAUGUGGAAUGAUGGACGAAAACAUAAUAUGAAUAGAUUUUAUUCCACCUAUAUUAAGAUUAUCUCUUAG